GUUGGGCGGGGCAGGGAGUUAGUAGCCGCCUCUGGGUAACUGGACUAGGGCCGCCAGACCUCCCGAGGCCGGGGGCGGCAAGAGAGCCCGUAGCAGAUCCCGGACCUGGAAUCUCCGGAACAGGAGCGGAAUCAGGAUCGGCCGGGGCCCAAACUGGGACUGUGAGGCGCUCGGGAACUUGAAUUAGGAAAUCCCGGAACCCGGAUCAACAAACCCCGGAACCCGGAAUUACGACCAGAAAAUCCCGGAUCGCGGAGCUCAGAGCGCGGAGCGGAUUCGACGCGGAGCGCGGAGUCCGGAUCGCGACACCCCGGGACGGGACGGAGAUGUCGGGUCGAGGCGCGGGCGGGUUCCCGCUGCCCCCGCUGAGCCCUGGCGGCGGCGCCGUUGCCGCGGCCCUGGGAGCGCCGCCUCCCCCAGCGGGACCAGGCAUGAUGCCUGGACCGGCGCUCCGGGGACCAGGGCCGGCUGGAGGCGUGGGCGGCCCCGGGGCCGCCGCCUUCCGCCCCAUGGGCCCCGCGGGCCCCGCGGCGCAGUACCAGCGGCCUGGCAUGUCACCAGGGAGCCGGAUGCCCAUGGCUGGCUUGCAGGUGGGACCCCCUGCUGGCUCCCCGUUUGGCACAGCUGCUCCACUUCGACCUGGCAUGCCACCCACCAUGAUGGAUCCAUUCCGAAAACGCCUGCUUGUGCCCCAGGCCCAGCCCCCGAUGCCCACCCAGCGCCGGGGGUUAAAGAGGAGGAAGAUGGCAGAUAAGGUUCUACCUCAGCGAAUUCGGGAGCUUGUCCCAGAGUCUCAGGCAUACAUGGAUCUCUUGGCUUUUGAGCGGAAGCUGGACCAGACCAUUGCUCGCAAGCGGAUGGAGAUCCAGGAGGCCAUCAAAAAACCUCUGACGCAAAAGCGAAAACUUCGGAUCUACAUUUCCAAUACAUUCAGUCCCAGCAAGGCAGAAGGCGAUAGUGCAGGAACUACAGGGACCCCUGGGGGAACCCCAGCAGGGGACAAGGUGGCUUCCUGGGAACUCCGAGUGGAAGGAAAACUGCUGGAUGAUCCUAGCAAACAGAAGAGGAAGUUUUCUUCAUUCUUUAAGAGCCUCGUCAUUGAGCUGGACAAGGAACUGUAUGGGCCUGACAAUCAUCUGGUGGAGUGGCACCGGAUGCCCACCACCCAGGAGACAGAUGGCUUCCAGGUAAAACGGCCUGGAGACCUCAACGUCAAGUGCACCCUCCUGCUCAUGCUGGAUCAUCAGCCACCCCAGUACAAACUGGAUCCCCGACUGGCGAGGCUGCUGGGAGUACACACACAGACACGGGCCGCCAUCAUGCAGGCCCUGUGGCUUUACAUCAAACACAACCAGCUGCAAGAUGGGCACGAGCGGGAGUACAUCAAUUGCAACCGUUACUUCCGCCAGAUCUUUAGUUGUGGCCGACUCCGUUUCUCUGAGAUUCCCAUGAAGCUGGCUGGGUUGCUGCAGCAUCCAGACCCCAUUGUCAUCAACCAUGUCAUUAGUGUGGACCCUAAUGACCAAAAGAAGACAGCCUGUUAUGACAUUGAUGUGGAGGUCGACGACCCACUAAAGGCCCAGAUGAGCAAUUUUCUGGCCUCUACCACCAAUCAGCAGGAGAUUGCCUCCCUUGAUGUCAAGAUCCAUGAGACCAUUGAGUCCAUCAACCAGCUGAAGACCCAGAGGGAUUUCAUGCUCAGCUUUAGCACUGACCCCCAGGACUUCAUCCAGGAAUGGCUCCGUUCCCAGCGCCGAGACCUCAAGAUCAUCACUGAUGUGAUUGGAAAUCCUGAGGAGGAGAGACGAGCUGCUUUCUACCACCAGCCCUGGGCCCAGGAAGCAGUGGGGAGGCAUAUCUUUGCCAAGGUGCAGCAGCGAAGGCAGGAACUGGAACAGGUGCUGGGAAUUCGCCUGACCUAACUGCUCAGGGAUCUCUUCCUUUCUUCCCAGCCCUGGAGCCUGGAAGGGGAGCCCCCUCUGGGUCUUGGCUGAGGCUGCAGACACGUAGGAUGGGGUGAGAGGUGUCUGCUGUCACCCUCUACUCCCCAGCUUUAGUUUCAUAAAUGUAGUGAUAGGAUUCCUUAUUGCUUGGUCCCCAAAGCCUUAUUACUUAUUUUUUGCAUUGGCUUUAACGGGGUUCUCAUCAGAUGAUGCCUCCUCUGCCCCCGGCAGGCAGGCCCAAGUAGGACUGCUGGAGGCUAUGCUUUGACUUUGUAACAGACAUUUCUGAACCAAAGGCGGCUGGGUUUGCAUGUUUACAGACUUCCUGCUGGGGAGCUGGGCGAGGAGGCGGUGGCACAGCCCAGACUCUUCCUAGCCUUUCUAAACCAAAGUUCUUUGCCAUUCCUACAAACCCAGCCUUGCUGCUGGUUUUUUCCUUUGGGUAUUUGCACUAUUUGGGGAGCAAGUUUUUCUAUGUGGGAGCCACUUUUUUAUACAGGGGUAAGUUGGGGUUUUUCAUGGAGCCCUGUUUGGUGCCUCCUUACUUAAUUUCUUUCCUCAAUCUAUGCAAGCGGCUUUGGCCGCCAUCAUCUCCUGGGAUGCCAGAGGGCUGCCUCCCCAGAUACUUCGGCCUGGGGAGGUGAAGCCUCCUAGAGGGAGGGGACACUGCAGUUCUCUAGCAUGGCCUGAGGUAUGGCUGUGUGCAUGGUGGAGGGCAGAGGAAGUGGGGCUGGGAAGAUGGCUGUUGCCCUUUGGGGCUUGGCAAGUACCACUUCUGGCAGGUUUGGAAAUUCCCAAAUAAAUCCUUUUGUUUAUU